AUGAUUGGAGUUGGUAAGUCAGGAAUCUUCGUCCUGGAUUCGAAUGGGCGGAUAAGCGAGACCAUAUCCAAUGAAUCUUUUAUUUCAAAUUCAAACGGUUGUGUUAUUUCUAAAAAUCAACUUUGUAUUUCGCAAUUGGACAAAGCCAAAUUAGUUUUUUUGGCUAAUAAUCAGCUUUUUAGAGCUUCCGUGCCUGAAAUCAUGACUUCUCUGGACUUUUCUUCAGAGGGAGAGCUGCUAUUUUGUGGCAGCAAGAGUGGGAAAUUAUACGUAUGGCAGGUUAGGCUGGGAAACCUGCUGUUCUGUGAGCAGAUAUUUUACAAUGAGAUAACUGAUGUCAAAAUUGACUGUAAUAACUCAAAAUUGCUACUAUCCUCCUCAAAUGGAGAUAUUUGUUUGGUGGAUUUAUUGGCUCUAUUUAGUAACAAGUUGGUUUUAAAAAACUAUUUGGGACACACAUCGCACGUUUUAUCGGUUUGCAAUCUACUGUAUGGUAUUCACGGCGGUAGGGUAUCUUUUUUAUCCGUAUCAAGGGAUCGGAACUUGAGGUUCUGGCACCACGACAAUGUUAACACUGUUCUCUCCAAGCAGUUGAGUUCGAACCCUAUUAAGAUGUACAAGGACAAAUACUCCAUAUGUUGCUAUAUCACCUGCGAAGAUGGCAACUUGAUAACGGUUAACUUGAACGACUUUAGCGUUAAUUACUCCAAAUUGCACGGAGGUCCAAUUUAUAGCUUUGUGGAAUUGGAUAAUUUUAUCACUUUUGGCAUUGACGGCGUUAAGAUAUGGGAUAAGUCGAACCACACUCUGCUCAAAUACCAUCAAUCAGGAAUAAGCCUGAAUCACCUUUUCGGAGGCCAGCUACCUAACUCCAGUUUCAAAUUUAAGCUUCUCAAGUUCCACAAACAGGAAGAUGACUUGGAGCGGUACAUCGUCCCCUUGUCAAUGUGA